AAAACCAAGAAUCAAAAAAAUGGAGAUCUUCUAAACAACAUCCGAUUGUUUCAUUUCCUCCAGAGUUAUUUAUUAAUAUCCUUUAUUUCUGCGAUCCGCAAACUUUACUUUCUCUUUCAAAAGUUUGUAGACAAUUUGCAAUGUAUUUGAAUCCAUCUGAUUCUUCAAUCACUACUAAAAUUUGGAGAGAUUCAAGAAAAGGAUUUUUAAAUAAUUUGAAAUUGGAGCCACCUGAAGGUAUGACCGAAAAAGAUUAUUGCAAAUUGUCAGUUGGACGUGAUGCUCACAAAGAAUAUAAAAAGGUACCCGCGAAAGAACGUAAAGAUUGGUGUCAAAGAAUGAAAAUUCGAGGUAUUGAGAUUAUGAAAGAGGUCAAUCAACGUAUGGAUGAUGAUACACAAUCAGCCAAUCCAACUCGUUCAAUCCAUCCAAAUUUUCGGCGAUCAUUUGCUACUAUUACUAAUCAAAAUCAAUCUAAACAUUCGAUACCUGAGCCGAAAGAUUGUUCUCAAAUAACACCAAACUAUGCAAAGUUGAUUGAAAAUUUGUCAAUUGUUCGCAAAAAAAUUUUUGGUGAUCAACCUUUGACUUUAGCUGAAAAAAUAUUGUACGCUCAUAUAUGGGAUCCAAAAGAAAUUGAUAGUAUUGUCAAAGGUGAAACUUACUUGAAAUUAAAACCUGAUAGAGUUGCGAUGCAAGAUGCGUCAUCUCAAACUGCCAUUCUUCAAUUUAUGCUUGCUGGAAUGCCAUCAACGGCUAUUCCAACGUCCAUACAUUGUGAUCAUUUGAUUGAGGCACAUGAAGGUAGUGACAAAGACCUGAAGGCUGCCGAAAUAACAAGUAAAGAAAUAUUUGAUUUUUUAAAAAGUGCAUCUGAAAAAUAUGGAAUAGAAUUUUGGAAACCAGGAAGUGGAAUUAUUCAUCAAAUAGUUUUGGAAAAUUAUGCCGCUCCUGGUGCUCUUAUGAUUGGGACUGGUAAUUGA